AUGGAGAAGUCCCGACUGACCUUGCGACUUCUCAAGAGAUGCGUCAAGGGAAAUAGCAGAGGGACCGGUUCUUCGACAGUUCCCUUCUCGUCCAGGGCUUGCACGAGGACAUACCUGAGAGACACUCCGACCAAAUUCUACUCGACUCGCGCCUCAAGCGCAGAGUCCCACGCAAAGCCCAAUCUACCACUAUGGACGACCAGCAGGGCUUUACUCCUUGCUGGGGCCCUAGCGUCCAUCGGCUAUGCCGUGGGCGUCAACGAUGCAGGAAGUCAUGCCGAUGAGCUCAUUCCGCGGAAACCCAAGCCUCCUACAUACGCGAGCAAGACGGAGCUGGAAAAGGCCAUCACGGAGCUUCGGGAACUGCUGGGUGAGGACGCAAUCUCCACGGACGACGACGACCUCAAGGACCACGGCUACUCGGAAUGGUCGUCGAUCAACAUCGACCAGUUGCCCGUCGCUGUGGCGUAUCCCAAAAGCACCGAGGAAGUCGCGCACAUUGCGAAGAUUGCCUCAAAGUACAGAGUGCCCAUGAUCCCUUACUCGGGCGGCUCCUCUCUGGAAGCGAACUUUUCGGCCCCCUUCGGCGGUUUCAGCAUUGAUUUCGCCUUUAUGGACCAGAUCCUGGCUGUCCACGCAGACGACAUGGAUGUCGUCGUCCAGCCGGCCGUACAAUGGAUGGAGCUGAACGACAAGCUGCAGCAUACGGGCCUGUUCUUCCCCGUCGAUCCGGGUCCGUCAGCCAAGAUCGGAGGCAUGGUCGGCACCUCCUGCAGCGGCACAAACGCCUUCCGCUACGGCACCAUGAAGGACUGGGUCAUCAAUUUGACAGUCGUCCUGCCAGACGGGCGGAUCAUCAAAACCAGACGGCGCCCCCGCAAGACCGCGGCGGGGUAUAAUCUUACUGGCUUCUUCGUGGGCGCUGAAGGCACUUUGGGCAUCGUCACGGAAGCGACGCUCAAGCUGGCAGUUAUCCCCCAGGAGACCAAAGUCGCGGUCGUGACCUUCCCGACCAUCCGCGACGCCGCCGCCGCGGCCAUGCAGAUCAUCCGGGCGGGCGUGCCCGUCGCGGCCAUGGAGAUCAUGGACGACGUGCAAAUGUCCGUCAUCAACCGCGCAGGAGGCACGAACCGCACCUGGAAGGAAGUGCCCACCAUAUUCUUCAAAUUCUCGGGCACAAUGGCCGGGGUGAAGGACAACAUCGACAUGACCACGCAAAUCGCGAAGAAGAACCACGCCGGCGACUUCAUCUACGCCAACGACGGGCGGGAAGCCCACGACCUGUGGAAAGCCAGGAAGGACGCCCUGUGGAGCAUGCUCUCGUUGAGGCGCGAGGGCGACGAGGUCUGGUCGACCGACGUGGCUGUCCCAAUCUCGAGACUUCCGGACAUGGUUGAAAUCACCAAAAAGGAAGUCGACGAUCUGGGUCUCUUCGCCAGCGUGCUCGGCCACAUCGGCGACGGCAACUUUCACACAUCAGUCAUGUACAACCGCAACGACCCCAAGGAGAGGGAACAGGUCGAGCGCGUCGUGCAUAACAUGGUAGAUCGGGCUCUUGAAAUGGAAGGCACAUGCACAGGCGAGCAUGGCAUCGGCCUAGGCAAGAAGCAAAGCCUCGUCUCUGAACUCGGCGUCGAGACCAUCGGCGUGAUGCAGACGUUGAAACGCAGCCUCGACCCGCACUGGCUGAUGAACCCGGGCAAGAUCUUCGAUGCCGUGGGUCCCGCCGACACGAAGAGUCAGCCUGAAGCCACGGCGGCGUCCACCCUGGCACGACCGACGGACAAGUGA